ACAAAACAUGUAAAAUCUGGUCCUUCUUCGUCUUCACGAUUUGAUCUUAAAGUUUUCAAUUAAUAUAUAUAAUUGUGCAGCGAUUUUAAGUUUUUUCUUUGGAUAUGGCAGCAUCAUCUCUUAUUCUCUUCCACAAACCCACCUCCAAUUUAUAUUUUGGUCCUUCCUCUGUUCCCGCUUACAUUCGUUCCGCUCGAUUUCCAAGUUCGAGCUCAAUCUUCCCUUUGAUUCGGAGGAGGACUUGGCCUGCUUCGGGUCCUAUAAAAACUAUGGCAGAUUCAGUCAAAACCCAUGCUUGGAGAGACGGCGACAGUAAUGACGGCGAAGAACGGUUUCAGGCGCUCGAGCAGGAGGCUUUCAUCGAUAGUCCGUCGGAGCUCCAGAACGAUAUGGUCGCCGACGCCGGCGGUGGGAUCGAAGCCGUUGCUAAUCGUCUGAGCAAAUGGGUUGUUGCUACUCUAUUUGGAACCGUUCUGCUUCUACGACACGACGGUGCAGCUUUGUGGGCUGUGAUUGGAUCCGUUUCAAAUUCUGCGCUUUCGGUAGCUCUCAAACGUAUACUUAACCAAGAGAGACCGGUUGCUACAUUGCGUUCUGAUCCUGGGAUGCCAUCUUCUCACGCCCAAUCCAUUUCUUUCAUCUCUGUUUUUACCGUCUUGUCUGUUAUGGAGUGGCUUGGAACCAAUGAACUCUCUCUGUUCCUUAGCGGCCUCAUCCUCGCGCUGGGUUCCUACUUUACAUGGUUAAGGGUUUCCCAGAAGCUUCACACGACCAGUCAAGUGGUGGUGGGUGCAAUCUUGGGUUCUGUUUACUCCACCUUAUGGUACAUAACUUGGAACUCACUUGUUCUCGAAGCUUUUGCCUCAUCAUUCUCAGUACAAGUAGUCGUCUUUACGGUUGCUGCUGCAUCAGCUCUAGGUUUUGCAGUAUAUGUGCUACUUAAUUGGUUUAAAGAUGACCGAUGAUAAGAAAAGUAAUUAAAAGAUUUAAAAAGAUUUCCUUUGAUUCCCAUUUCAUUCUUGUUGUUCGAGCUAUAUACCUUACCACGUAUGUUAUUGUAUUAAGGGCCAAUAUCGUC